UCACUGCCUUUGUUUGGGCGCUGAGAGAAUGGAGUUUGGAAACUCACCAUACAAAAAAUAAAAAAUAGAAAGAUAGAAAAAGAAAAGAGAGAAGAGAUGGAACUACCGAACACAGCCACGCCGUGUGCGAAUAUUUCCUCUUUUCGCCUUCAUCCCUUUCAAGUAGAGCAGGCCCCCAAAACUGCCCCCUUUUCGACCGGUUUUCCUGCCUUCGAGGGUUGAAUUCCCUGAUUUCUCCUCUUUCUAGUCUUCAAUAGCCAGGCAGAUGUUCAGACAAGAUCCUUCGUUGCUUGCUAUUUUAUUUACUGAGUGCUGGACUUGCUGCCAUGGAAUGAGACUUGAGCAAUAUCUAUGCUGUAGCACCACCAACAUUGGGGGAUAAUUCUCUGCUCCUAUUGUCUAUAAUACCUUGAACAAUAUAGGAGCUUAGCUGUGUUAGGGUAUAUUUUUAAUGUAUUGGAGGAAAAAUACUCAUCCUUGCGUUUAGUAUAACUGACACUAGGGGAGCGUUUCUUUAUAUAUGGAAAGGAAUGGAGGCCCGCCCUGCUUUAUCCAUACGGAGAUCAGACCCAAAACAGCUGAGUAACCUGGGAGCUUCUGGAGCCAUGUCGUCAUCAAUGCCGAUUCUGCCGAUAUCCCUUCAAGAGAAGUAUCCAAAAAUGCCAGAUUCCCAACAGGUUUCAAUUGAAAGAGAACUAAGAACAGUUUCCAUGGCCCAACAUGUAAAUCCAUCAGUCUCCAACAGUGCAGUCGUCGGACACUUAUUCUCGUCAGCUUCAGGAUUCUCUUCAGACCUUCAUUUUUCCUCUGCUUCAACCCUUGAGAGGCAUGCCAAACACACCCCGUUCAUUUCUCAAUCAUCAAACAGCGGGGCAUCUUUACCUUUGACACAUUCUUCUCAUACGGGACUAUUUCAAUCUGUGACAUCAAGUAGUUUUGCCAAAGAAAACAGUGAGUGGUGUUCAGACACACUGCAGGGUAUUCUUGAUUUGCCCGAUAAUGUCCCCCUCCAGAACAGUCAAAUGCAAAGUGGUGGUGGUGUAGCUUCUGAGGACUGUGCAAGGCAAAGUGAUUGGCAGGAAUGGGUGGAUCCUCUAAUCAAUGAUGAUGACAAUUUGGCCACUGAUUGGAGUGACCUUCUUGUUGAUGCAAAUGUUGCCGAUCUGGAACCAAAGAACACAUACCAAGCAUCCCAACAAUUGUCGAAUUUCUCAUUGCACCAGUCACAACAGAAGAUUCCUGCUCACUCUGGAGAAGUAUGCCCUGUUGCCAGUCCCUUGUCUUCUGGCAGCAGUGCUCCGACAAAGCCACGCAUGCGGUGGACACCGGAACUCCAUGAGUGCUUUGUAGAAGCUGUCACCCAGCUUGGCGGUAGUGAAAGAGCUACUCCCAAAGGUGUGCUGAAGCUCAUGAAAGUUGAGGGCUUGACCAUCUACCAUGUAAAAAGCCACCUGCAGAAAUAUAGAACAGCCAGGUACCGACCUGACUCAUCUGAAGGGACUUCAGAGAGAAAGACGACUCCACUUGAAGACAUGUCAUCUUUAGACCUAAAAACGGGUAUUGAGAUUACUGAAGCACUGCGACUCCAAAUGGAAGUCCAAAAACGGCUACAUGAACAACUCGAGAUUCAGAGAAAUCUGCAGCUGAGAAUAGAAGAACAAGGGAGAUAUCUUCAGAUGAUGUUCGAGCAGCAAUGCAAGUCGGGUGGUAUGGACAAGCCCAAAGCACCCUCCACUCCGGAUGACCCGUCAGCUCAAUCAUCAGAACUGAUUCAAUCUCCUUCCAAAGCCAAAGCCUCAGAAAAGGAUAAAGCUGAAACAGAAAAUGAUGCAACCCAUGUCAAGAGAAUAGAAGAGAGCUCCCAGCAACUAGGAUGCAAGCAGAAGAAGCCUGAGACUGAGACCUCUGACAAUCUCAAGCCAACCACUGAAGGCGGAUCCCUUUCUCCAUCUGCCAAGCGGGCCAGAACUCAUGAUGCAGAUGCAUCGUCUGCCAAGUCAACAUCGAACUGAUGUCCUUCACUGCUGAUGUGGUGGUGCCCUCAAGAAGACAUUGAUCAGUGUAAUGAGAAGCUUACGCAGAGAGAAGGUGCUGACGAACCUUUAGAAGAUCUUGGACCAGGUGGGCCCCUCCCAUUUGCUUAAAUAUUCAUGGGUAAAAUGACAUGUUACCUGAUGGUUUAGUAAAUAAAAAAUCGGUCCCAGAUUCUGACUAUUACGCCCAUUCUCUUUGUAAUUUCUGCCUUAGGUUGAGGUGUCCCAUUUUUAUUUUUUUUUGGAAAUAUUGCUGAAAGAUUAGAACAACACAUCCUUGAAGAGAAGUCUUUGUUGCGAGGAA